AUGGAUCCCCAACAGAGUCAAUCCCGACAACACCUCAAACCACACCCUCACCACCCACAACAACGCGCCUCAUCCUCAGCAGCAUCCUCCGGCUCCGCGCCCUCAAUCCCCCGACCCCCUCUCUCAGUCCACCCUACAGUAACAAUAGCAGACGCCGUCGUAUUCCAAGGCACACACCCCAUCUCCAUCGGCGCCGGCACCAUCAUUCACCCCCGCGCCCGGUUCUACUCCUUCGACGGCCCCAUCUACAUCGGCGAUGGCAGCAUCAUCAGCGAAAAGAGCGUAAUAGGAAUCGCCCCCACCGCUCCUCCACCGUCCUCUACACAUGGUAGAGAAGGAAUCCCCAUCCGGAUCUCGAAUGCCGUCGUCGUGGGACCGCAAGCCUCCGUCUUCCCCGGCGCGCACAUCCACUCCUCCACAGUCGUCGAAUCGCUCGCGAUCAUCCACAAACGCGCAUCGCUGGGCUCGCACUCCAAAGUCUGUGCCGCGUGUGAAGUGCCCCCGAAUGCUGUCGUGCGGGAAUGGUCGGUCGUCUGGGGCUCUGGGACUGGGUUCGGACAGAGGAGGAAACGGGCCAAGGGAAAGAUGAGUUCCGCUGUAGCUGUGGCUCAGGGGAUUCAGGGUCUUGAGGGGAAGGUCAUUGAAGAUGCGCGGUUGAUUGUUUUGCAUAAGGAGAGGGAAGCGCUUUCUAGAAUGAUUGGAUCUUCGGCUGGGGCUGGGGCGAGGAGGAGGUGA